AUGGCAAAAGUUAAGAUACUUCCGGCAUCUUUUCGAGAACUUGUAUCGGGCUUCAAUUUGAGCCAAAAAAAGUAUCUUUAUCUUUAUGCUAAGGAAUUGUUAGAUGAGGAAGGCCGUGGUGAAGGCAGUGAUGAAGUAAUGGAUUUUGCAGAAAAUGAAACCACAUCCGCUACAGCUGAGCCUUUACCCCCACCAGAUUGGCGUUGGGCAGCGAAAAAGAAAGGCAACGGCCAUCAGGUUUUUGCUCGGUGCAAAACCGGGAAAUGCAACUUACAAAAGAAACAGCACUACUAUUCUGGUGAAUUAACGUCUUUCUCAAACUUCGAGAAGCAUUUAAAAAGCUGCCAUAAUGAAGAAUACAGCAAAUACGAAAAACAAAAAAGUUCCCUGGACUUCAGCCAACCAACCCUUAACAAAUUCCAGCAGUUUCGUUCAACUGCGAUGACCAAAGAACGACAGAAAAAACUUGAUAUUGACCUUGGUUAUUCAGUAGCGAUCGACAAUAUUCCACUCAACAUUUUGCGCCGGAAAAGGUUUCGACAAUGGAUUCAUUCAGGAAUGCCAGGAUACCAAUUACCAGGAAUUGAGAGGAUGAGAAAUAGCAUAAUACCCAGCAUUGUCCACUCAACUAGAUGUAAGUUGCUGAAGAUCAUCAAGGAAUCGUCUUCCUUCUCAAUCAUUCUCGACAUUUGGUCUUCCAUAUCUGUCGGAAAAUCCGACGUCCAACACUGUCCAAGGGGACGGUGA